ACCGGUGCACAGUUCACUACUGAGCUCGAGCCAGACGGAGUGAGUGCGCUUAAACUGAGGGGUUUAACUCCGGGAUGCAUCUGUGUGACGAUUAAUAACAAACAUUUAUUGUAUUUAGCUAGAUAACGCCUUCUUCUUUGCUGUUGGGACCGCUCACAGAGAAAGUCGUCCUCGUGUUUUUGUCCUAACCGACGGACUUCUUGACACUGGAAGGACUUUACUGAACUCAAGAUGUCAAUUUUGCCUUUCACUCCCCCCAUUGUCAAAAGACUUUUGGGCUGGAAGAAGGGAGAGCAGAACGGCCAGGAGGAGAAAUGGUCUGAAAAGGCGGUGAAAAGUCUGGUGAAGAAGCUGAAGAAGACGGGACAGCUGGACGAACUGGAGAAAGCCAUCACCACCCAGAAUAUCAACACAAAAUGCAUCACUAUACCGAGGUCUCUGGAUGGCCGUCUACAGGUUUCCCACAGGAAAGGUCUCCCUCACGUCAUCUACUGCCGUUUGUGGCGCUGGCCUGACUUGCAGUCCCACCAUGAGCUGCGGGCAGUGGAGCUGUGCGAGUAUGCCUUUCAUACGAAGAAAGAUGAAGUUUGUGUCAACCCAUACCACUACCAGAGAGUGGAGACACCAGUUCUCCCACCUGUGCUGGUGCCCAGACACACAGAAAUCCCUAGUGAGUUUCCUCCCCUGGAUGACUACAGCCAUUCAAUCCCUGAAAACACCAACUUCCCUGCUGGCAUCGAGCCCCAAAGCAACUACAUACCAGAAACGCCUCCGCCAGGCUACCUCAGUGAGGAUGGAGAGACCAGUGAUCAUCAGAUGACCCACAGCAUGGACACCAGCUCCCCAAACCUGUCACCGAACCCUGUUUCACCCACACACAGCAACUUGGACCUUCAGCCUGUGACAUACUGCGAGCCAGCCUUUUGGUGCUCCAUUUCGUACUAUGAGUUAAACCAGAGAGUAGGAGAGACCUUCCACGCCUCACAGCCCUCGCUGACAGUGGACGGCUUCACGGACCCCUCUAACUCGGAGCGAUUCUGUCUUGGCCUGCUGUCAAACGUCAACCGCAACGCAGCCGUGGAGUUAACACGCAGACAUAUCGGCCGUGGCGUGCGGCUGUAUUACAUUGGAGGUGAAGUGUUUGCUGAGUGUCUCAGUGACAGCGCCAUCUUCGUCCAGAGCCCUAACUGUAACCAACGCUACGGCUGGCACCCUGCCACGGUCUGCAAGAUCCCUCCAGGAUGUAACCUGAAGAUCUUCAAUAACCAGGAGUUUGCUGCCCUGCUGGCACAGUCAGUCAACCAGGGCUUCGAAGCCGUGUACCAGCUCACCAGGAUGUGCACCAUCAGAAUGAGCUUUGUAAAAGGCUGGGGAGCCGAGUACAGGCGACAGACAGUGACCAGCACCCCCUGCUGGAUCGAGCUGCACCUGAACGGCCCCCUGCAGUGGCUCGACAAGGUGCUCACACAAAUGGGCUCCCCGAGCAUCCGCUGCUCCAGCGUCUCUUAGGGAGACUCUCCAUCCUCUCCAACCCACAUCCUGUCAGUGACUUAAAAGACACAGACUGCACGCAGAGAAGACCGGCUUCACAAUAAAGAGAGAUGAUAACCCCCCUCCCUUCCAUCGAUCAGCCAAUCCUCACUCUGCAUCCAUGCCCCACCUCCCCACCAGCUGUCAGUAGCACUUUUUAUAUACAUGUUGUUUGAGGCUAAGGGGGAAACAGUGCAGUAAAGCAGUAAAAUAAUCUUUUUUUUUUUAAUGAAAACUUUUUAAUCAUCGGCAUCCAAGUGCCAGAAAGGCUGUAGUAAACAGAGGAUUCCAGUUAAGAGAUUCUUUUAUUAUGUUUCAUUAUUUUUACACCUUUUGUACAGAUGUUGAGGUGAACAGUGGAUUAUAAAGAAGAGUUGCAAUUUUUUUAAGCAUUUAAGCAUAACAGAUAAUGUUUGUUUCAUUUCAUUUGACUCUGUUUCUGUAUUUGGGCAUUUAUAGUUUAUGAAGAUGAAUUAAGAAUAAGUAACAUAGGGAAAAUGUUCAACCACCAUUUUUAAACAUUGUGUGAAGGAAACACUGUUAGCCUAGCAUGAAUAUUUGUUUAUGUCUGAAGUAAUUUUACAUCAUCUAUGUUACUCUUAGAGGCUAAACAGCAUAUUGUUUAUGAAAAAGUAAAGAAAAUAUUAAACACACAAUGUUGAAACAUAUGUAAGAAUAUUUAACAGUCAGAUGCUUGAGGCUAUAGUUAGAAGAACAAAAGUUCCCACUCUUGAAGCCCAAAUAGGAGUACUUAAAGAAAAGAGCAUUCAUCAAGUGUCAUGAUAAUGAUGAUGCACAAAUUGUUAAUAUUCUAGUAAAGUGACUCCGGCAAAGUACACUCAAAGACAGAUAUCCCACUCCCUGUCAGAGUGUAAUGUGAACUAUAUCCUGUGUCAUUUCAGGAAGCUUUGCCAGUAUGCAAAAUAAUUUUGCAGCUUUGUAUUGUGAUGUUAGUAUUGUACUGUAAAUAACAGGCUUAACUGGAAACAUCUGGAGCUAUUAUCCUGAGUCUAUUCUAGAGUGCAUUUUAAAGUUUAAGGAGCAUGAGGUUUUAAAAAAUGAUAAUUUCCCUUUAACGUGCAUUUGUGCUCAGAAUCACCUCCUUGUGCUUAGAUCUGUAGUUAACUUCCAAUGCACAUGUUCAAACCAUUCUCCUCUCGUUAAGGUCGUUUCUGCUGUUCUCAGAGUUUCUUCUGCACACUCUUUACAGAUUUUUUUCUCUUUUUUGAUGCAUUAACCAAUAGUAUAAAAUUAUAAGGCUGGCUAGUCAGUAGGGAGGUUAGCCAUCUUAACAUUUAGGCCAUGCGUUAGAAGAUUUUCAAAUCUUGAUAAACUUCAAGAACGUGAAGGACCACAGACAUGAGGACCGUUGCAAGUGAUUUUUCAUCUUUUCCUCUGAACACACACAGUAGUCGGAUCUUAAAUAUUAAACACGUUUGAUAUCUAUGAUUCCAGUAAUCACUUGAUUUUUGAGUAGUUUACAGAGCGUCCCAUACAGGUGGUUUACUAGGGCUGAACGAUUUUGGAAAAUAAUCUAAUUGCCUUUUUUUCCCCCAAUAUUGCAAUUGCAUUUAUAUGCAAUUAUUCCUUAACUUUGUUUUAUUCCUAAAGAAGGUCUGAACAAUUCUUAAAAGUGUCUAAUUCUGAUGGUUUUGACUCGUAUUGCACAUUCGAUAUGAAUUGUUGCAUUGAAGAGUUUUGGUCAUUCUUAUAUUUGAUAAGAAAAAAAAACAAAAUGAAAACAGCAGG